AUGACUCGGCGUACUGCAUAUCGCAUGCUGGUCGUGGUCUAUUUCCUAUCAUUUCUGUUAGCAGUCAUACCAAUACUUACCAAUGCAAGGUACAAGUACCACCCUGGGACAAACCACUGUUCACCAUCAUGGUCAAACAGUUGUGCUUAUGCGGCUGCCAUGACAACCAUCGCGUUUGUACUGCCUAUCCUAGGUAUGCUUGUUACUUAUACACGCAUCUUCUUAACACUCAAACGUAAGAGAGUUCAUAUGAGCAAGAGUUCCACAUCCACAAUGAGUUCAACGGAUACGCGAGACGAAGACAGCAAUAGUUUGGGCAAUUUUGAAGAUACUAGUACAGAUCCUUCUGGUGAUGACGACAUAAGACUGGCAGCUCAUAAAAUCUUAGUGGAUGCAAAGAAUGCCAACCUGAAGUAUGAUUUACAACCCGGUGCCUCCCUUGAAAAUUUAGUACAGAAAGAUUCAACAAUACAGCAAACUACAGCAGAAGUGACAGCUCGUAAAACUACUGGACGAUCAAAAGAAAAGUUUGUUAAAAACGCUGUAGGAGUGUGUUCGUCUAGUGACCAUUUAGAAGAGAAAGACUUAACUACAAAGCAUACAACAGCCAAACCGAUAGACUGUAAAAUUUUCGAAGAUUCAAAAGAAAACAUUGUGCAAAAUGGUUCAGAGAUUGGUUCGUCUAGUAAGCAAUUACAGACUUCCUCAUCGGAUGAACAUUUGCCAAAAGUAAACUCGACAGUAAAUGAUACCGAAGAUAAAGGUUUAGGUGAUGACAGCGUAGCUACUGUCGGUGCAUAUCUGGAAAAUCAAGGCGCCUCAAACAUGCACGAUGCGAAUAAGACUGGCAUUACAUGCAUGGAUAUGAUUGGCACAGAGCAGAAAUCCUUGGGACUACAAGUUCGCGAAAAAGAUGAUGCAAGCACAAGCCUAUCAAAUCUGAGUGUAGAUGGUGCGGUUAACAACUUCAGCUUAAAUAUGGCAGAUAAAAAGCUGGACAGCAGAUACGUGGCCGGCAUAGACAAAGUAUAUUCUGUUCCAGAAUGCAGUGUAAAAGGAGCGGUUAUUCCCGGAAUAAAUCCACAAGGAAAAGUUUCUUUGGCAUUACCUACUACUUCUACAGACAACACUUCCGAUGUAUUUGACAGAAAAGGGACCCAAACAGCUAACAACAAACAAGUUUCAUUUCAAAAUCCCACAAACGUUAGUCCGUCGAAAACAGAGGUAAAGGAAGAAGGAAAAAGGUCGUCUAGUAUUUUCCCAGUAUCUCGUUCGCGCAAGGCCAUAAAUGUUUUGGUGAAUCGUAUGAAGAAACAACGUGCCAUUCGACACGAGUACAAGAUCGCACGGACUGGCACGAUACUGCUAGUUUCGUUUCUCGUUCUCUGGAUGCCAUACGUCAUAGCGCACUUGUGUUUUGUCGGAAAUUGUCGGACAAUGACGCUUUAUAACGUAGCAACAUUUUUGGUGUACACAAACGCGUUAGCUAAUCCUAUAAUUUAUGCACUAACUAACAGAGCUGUGAUGCAAGAUAUUCGUAAAUCAAUGGGAAGAUUAUGUGCAUCCAGGUAG